GGAAAAUGAAUACUUUCGACCAGGAAGUUAGCAAAAUGAGUGGACAUAAGUUGUCAGGGUUUUAUAGCGGCCACAAGAUAUGCGGAUUUACUAAGAACGAGAUGAGAAAUAUGCUGUUCUUCUUCGAGAAUAUAGAAGCUUUUGGGUAUAAAAUCCAGAAAAUGCAUGGACUAGGUUACAUUUUGGGUGAUUUUGGGCCCCAAAAUAUCUGACAUCUUGUAGCUAAUCAGAUAUAACCAAGGCUGAGGUCGGACCCUUACCGCUGAUACGGUUAGGAGCUCAAAUAACUCAUCCUAAAGAGGGAGAUGAUGUAAACUUUUGGUUUACUAGUGUUAAUUAUGAUAAUAGUGGGACAGCUUCUGUAAAAGACGAUUUAGAAGCGAUAUGAUAUUUACUGAUUUAUUGUAUUAAUGAAACCUUACCCUGGUGAUCUGAGCAUGGCCAGAUAAUGUCUCCUAUGGGCCAAUCUACUAGAGAAAUCAAGGCUAUCUGUAAUACAAAUGAACUAUGCUAUGGCCUUCCUUCCAAAGUUUUCAGAUACUUAAAGUACGUUAAGUCUCUCAAAUCAAAUGCUGAGCCUGACUAUUCAAAAUGUUGGGAGUUACUAGCAGAACAAUUUCAGUCUAUCUCGUUUAGGAACUUUCUGAGCACAAGCGGAGCGUGAAAAAUGAAGAUGCCUGAUGACCCUGAGGCUUCCAAAAGCAAAGAAUGCAUCUCAUAUAGCUCGGAUAAGUCAUUAAAUCCUUUAUGAGGGAAAAUAGUCAGUUUGAAAAAUAAGCAAAUUAUGAAUUCUUCGACAAAUAAUGAUUGCAAUUUGAUAAAUAGAAGCAAACUAAUGGAUGGAAAUAAAGCAAGGAGGAGGUACAAAAGGAGAAAAGUGUCUAAGAAGAUUAGUUCGGCUCCUUUAAAUAAGCUCGGUCCUAAUCCUAUAGCUCCAAGAGAGCUGAUAGGAUCUAGCAUUUACCAAGUCCCAUCGAAAAACUCUCGAUGAAUCUCCAGACAUAGCGGGUCAAUAUCUCAAGAUAAGCGUCAAAAAGCAAGACGAUAUGGGUCCUCCAAACCUCAGCUAAAGAAUAUGAAGAUUUUCUCUGUAGUCUCUAGAUGAAAGAGCAAGCACCAAUCUAACAGUGAAAUUCUAGACGAAAUCGACGACUUGACUAUCUUAUCUGCUGAGUGUGUAACUGUUCGUAGGGUUAACGUACUAAAUCCCCACAGUAGUGUUUUCAAGAGAUUUUGAUAACAUUAAUUAAGGGAUUUAC